AUGUCAUUUAGGUUACUAAAAACUUGGAAAGCCACCUCUUCUUCGCUUUGCUUUUCUGUCCAAGGCUUUUUCGGAGCGGAAGUCAAUUAUGGGUUGAGGUCUGGAAAGCCGUCUGAUCUGCAUAAAAAGGAACGUCACUGCUGUGUAUGUGUUGAUUUUAUGCAGUACUUGUCAUGCAUUACAGGACUCUCUUCCCAGAGCAUUCUUAUAGAAUAUGUUGCACGGAAACUUCUAAAAGGUCCUGAGCUAAGUGUAAUUCUAUAUCCAUAUGGCUCCAGCCUUCAUGAGCAAUGGGACAAGCUUCCCUUUGACAUGGAGAGUGAUGACCUCUUCGGCACCGCCAACCAAUUCUUGCCCAAUACUGCCGGGACAGUCAGCCACCCUCAUACAAGUGCCCUUUCCCAGUGCUGCCCAUUUGGGAUUUUGUCUAGUUCAUAG